AGCGCCACAUCCUCCUUCCCUUCUUCUUUUUGCUCCUCUGCUUUCACUCCGCCCUCGCGCGCUCUCCAUCUCUCUCUUGCCCUCUCCGUGCUUUCCUUCUCGUUCUCAGCGAAGCCAUAUUGUCACCACCUUCCUGCAGAGCUUGUGGGAAGGGAAGAGAAGGGAAGACAAGUGAUUCAAAGAGAGAUAAAGAGAGAGAGAGGGCGCUAGCUCGAUCUCCGCACCAUACGCGUCGAUUUUCACAGUCGCCGCGCCGACGCUCGCUCUCUCCUGAUCUGUAGCAGUUGGUUUCUAUUUCAUUGCUUCGUUGACAAUCAUGGCUGGUAUGGCUCCAGAGGGAUCGCAAUUUGAUGCACGUCAGUAUGAUGCCAAGUUGAAUGAACUGCUUUCAGCUGAUGGAGAAGAAUUUUUUGCAUCCUAUGAUGAGGUUCAUGAGACCUUUGACUCAAUGGGUCUUCAGGAGAACCUUUUGAGGGGCAUUUAUGCAUAUGGUUUUGAAAAGCCUUCUGCAAUCCAGCAAAGAGGCAUUGUACCUUUCUGCAAGGGCUUAGAUGUUAUUCAGCAAGCGCAAUCUGGUACAGGGAAGACAGCAACAUUCUGUUCUGGAAUCUUGCAGCAGCUGGACUACGGCCUAGUCGACUGUCAGGCCUUAGUUCUUGCUCCUACUCGUGAAUUGGCACAGCAGAUUGAGAAGGUUAUGCGUGCCCUUGGUGACUACUUGGGUGUGAAGGUUCAUGCAUGUGUUGGUGGGACAAGUGUACGUGAAGAUCAGCGUAUACUCUCAAGCGGUGUUCAUGUUGUUGUAGGGACUCCGGGUCGGGUUUACGAUAUGCUACGCAGGCAGUCGCUUCGACCUGACAACAUUAGAAUGUUUGUGCUUGAUGAAGCUGAUGAAAUGCUUUCUCGUGGGUUCAAGGACCAGAUAUAUGAUAUAUUUCAGCUGCUUCCUUCAAAGAUUCAAGUUGGCCUCUUCUCUGCCACUAUGCCACCUGAAGCAUUGGAGAUCACCAGAAAGUUCAUGAGCAAGCCCGUGAGGAUAUUGGUGAAAAGGGAUGAGCUGACACUUGAGGGUAUCAAGCAAUUUUAUGUGAAUGUCGAGAAAGAGGAGUGGAAACUUGACACUCUUUGUGAUUUGUAUGAGACAUUGGCUAUCACUCAGAGUGUAAUCUUUGUGAACACUAGACGCAAGGUUGAUUGGCUUACUGACAAAAUGAGGAGCCGUGACCAUACAGUUUCGGCAACGCAUGGAGACAUGGAUCAAAAUACCCGAGAUAUCAUUAUGAGGGAAUUCCGGUCGGGUUCUUCCCGCGUUCUGAUUACCACUGAUCUUCUGGCUCGUGGAAUUGACGUCCAGCAGGUUUCUUUGGUUAUCAAUUAUGAUCUUCCUACACAACCAGAAAACUACCUCCAUCGAAUUGGUCGGAGUGGUAGGUUUGGAAGGAAAGGUGUUGCCAUAAACUUCAUCACUCGUGAUGACGACAGGAUGCUUGGAGACAUACAGAGGUUCUACAAUGUCGUCAUUGAGGAGCUUCCUGCCAAUGUUGCUGAUCUUAUUUAAUUCAGUGAUGAAGCUGCCAAUCAGACUAGCGAAGCCUAUAAGUUUAAGCUGUUGUCUGUUUUUAAAUGCGUUUUUGAAUUAUUGCACGCCGAAUUAGCAUAAGAGAUGAUGCUCUUCACCUUUGUCUAUUCUUAUUUUUGUUCUGUCUGACGCUUCGUGCAUUGCUCUGCAGCUUUCUGCUUUCAUUUUCAAAUUUUGAGGUGGUUAUGCAAUAUGUUCCCCAGGUUUUA